AUGGCGUCUCAGGAGCAAGCCAUUCGAGAGCAACAGUCGGCCCUUAUAGCAACUAUGCAACAGCAACUACAAGCCAUGAACCUCCAACCCGAGCAACAGCAAGAGUACCUGAAGCAAUGCCAGGAUCUGCAUAGCCUUCAGCUGCAGCAGAUCCAACACCAGUCAGACUGGGUCGAAAAGGGGCAAUGGCAGCGUCGUAUUGUCCGGGACGUGCUGUACUUGAUGAUUGUCGACAUGCCGUCUGAUGCACAAAUGGUGGUUGCUCGGAGGCAGCUGAACGACGCGGGCCAGGUGCAGCCGACUGAUGAUGUGAAAUUCACCGCCGUGGAUGUACAGACGGGCGACAUCCUUUUCGCAUAA